GGGCAGUCCCGAGGGCGUUGGGUGGGGAGGCCUGGGAGAGCCGACUCUUUCCGACUGUCCCAAGCGACAGUCGCCUCAGGGUCGCUUCACACUCGCGGACCGGCGGGCGCUGAGGAUUCAGGAUUAAAGAUAUCUCAGGAUUCGUGCGGGAAGGGGCUGCGUGAUCCUGAGUACCCUGUAGAAGAGGAGAGCCCAGGAGACUGCAUUCUGAAGUCUCUACUUGGUACCUAUGUCCUUCCUUCCCCAGGCAGUGCGGUUAGGAAUCGACGUGAAAAUAUAUAUACCUGGAUUAAAAAAUCAUCUGGAGGAGAAACGCCUAUUUCACGUGUGAAGCUGUUCACUUCAGAAUUAAAUGAGUUGUCCGUCUUGAAUGAACUUUCUUUAUAUAUUUAUAAUUUCAUUUGAACUGCUAAAUACAGACCAUGCCUAGCAGAAUGGUCUCAAAAAUGGAUUUAAACAAAGACUUCAUCAGAGUGAAAACACACUAUAGUGGGGACAUCUUGAUAACAAACUUGGAUGCAUCGAUAAGCUAUGAUGAACUUUGUGAUGAAGUGCAUGAGAUGUGUAAUUUACAACAGGAACAGCCAAUUACACUCAAGUGGAUUGAUGAUGAAGGUGACCCAUGUACCAUCUCAUCUCAGAUGGAACUGGAAGAAGCAUUUCGUUUGUACUGUCAAAACAGAGAUCAAGGGCUGAUUAUUCAUGUUUUCCCAAGUACUCCAGAGAAACCUGGCAUGCCUUGUCCUGGAGAAGACAAAUCGAUCUACCGACGUGGAGCCAGAAGAUGGAGGAAGCUGUACCGAGUGAAUGGGCAUUUGUUUCAAGCCAAACGUUUUAACAGAAGAGCGUAUUGUGGCCAGUGCAGUGAAAGGAUAUGGGGUCUCGGAAGGCAAGGCUACAAGUGUAUAAACUGCAAAUUGUUGGUCCAUAAACGUUGUCAUAUACUUGUUCCACUGAGCUGCAAAAGGCAUAUGGAUUCGGUCAUGCCUUCCCAGGAACCUCAGUUAGAUGAUAAAAAUGAUGAAGUUGAUCUCCCUUCAGAAGAAACUGAUGGAAUUCCCUACAUUCCUUCAAGCCGGAAACAGGACAUUAAAGAUGACUCUGAGGAUAUCAAACCAGUCAUUGAUGGAAUGGAUGGAAUUAAGAUUUCUCAGGGGCUUGGACUACAGGACUUCGAUUUAAUCAGAGUUAUUGGACGUGGAAGUUAUGCCAAAGUUCUUUUAGUUCGGUUAAAAAAGAAUGAUCAAAUUUAUGCUAUGAAAGUAGUGAAAAAAGAAUUGGUCCAUGAUGAUGAGGAUAUUGAUUGGGUACAGACAGAGAAACACGUGUUUGAACAGGCAUCCAGUAACCCGUUCCUAGUUGGUUUACAUUCAUGCUUUCAAACAACAAGUCGAUUGUUUCUCGUCAUAGAGUAUGUAAAUGGAGGAGAUCUGAUGUUCCAUAUGCAGCGGCAGAGGAAACUUCCUGAAGAACAUGCAAGGUUUUAUGCUGCUGAAAUUUGUAUUGCUCUAAAUUUUCUACAUGAAAGAGGCAUAAUAUACAGAGAUUUAAAACUGGACAAUGUUCUUUUAGAUGCAGAGGGUCAUAUCAAGUUAACAGAUUAUGGCAUGUGCAAGGAAGGUUUGGGCCCUGGUGACACGACAAGCACUUUCUGUGGGACACCAAAUUAUAUUGCACCAGAAAUCCUCAGAGGAGAAGAAUAUGGGUUCAGUGUAGACUGGUGGGCUCUUGGUGUGUUGAUGUUUGAAAUGAUGGCAGGAAGGUCUCCAUUUGAUAUUAUUACUGACAAUCCAGACAUGAACACUGAAGAUUACCUCUUCCAAGUUAUUCUUGAGAAGCCAAUCCGGAUUCCAAGGUUUCUUUCUGUCAAGGCUUCCCAUGUGUUAAAAGGAUUUUUAAACAAGGAUCCCAAAGAAAGGCUUGGCUGUCAGCCCCAGACAGGAUUUUCUGAUAUCAAGUCUCAUACGUUUUUCCGCAGCAUAGACUGGGAUCUGCUGGAAAAGAAGCAAACAACCCCUCCAUUUCAGCCUCAGAUCACAGACGAUUAUGGUUUGGAUAACUUCGAUACACAGUUCACCAGCGAACCUGUGCAGCUAACCCCAGAUGAUGAAGACAUAAUAAAGCGAAUAGAUCAGUCAGAAUUUGAAGGAUUUGACUACACUAACCCAUUGUUGCUGUCAACAGAAGAAACAGUAUGAAGGAAUGACAUCUUCCUUGGGACAAUAUGAAUGACCUUUUAAAUUUAUCCUUAACUACAGUAUAUGCAUGCAAGGCUGGGGAACUGUCACAGUUUGGAUGGAGACCAAUGACUUAAAAAAAACAAAUUGCUGCUGAAAAUCAAAGAAGAGAGAAAAACGAUAUUGGUGGGUGUCUUCUGCCACUUAGUGAUUAUUAAGUUCCAGGCACUGACACAUCUGGCUUCAUUAAUGAAGGAAAUUUGCAUUUUGUGCCUGUUUCAUGAAGGACUGAAACAUUCAUUGCAUCUCUGGAAAAGGAGAUUCUGAACAAACUUUGAGAUCCACACGCUUUCUACAGACACUUGGUGCAAUGAGCUACCAGUUGAAGAAUAUUACAGUGUAACAUCCUGAAGAAUAAAAUAUAUUACGGUGGUGUUGAAGCUUAUUUUUGAUGCCUUUUUUCACAAGUGGUACCUGUCUAAACGUCUCAGAUAUAUUUAAAAGGAGUUGUGUUUUAUUAGCAAUCAAAACAUAAAUUUGGGUACAAGAUUUAAGUGCCUACACGGAUAAACUCCACUGAAGAAUUAUUACACAUUGGGAACGUUCUUAAACCUGGUAAGUUCUGCUUGUUAAUAUUAAGUAACUAUUUACAUAGGAAGCAUACAGUUGACAGCUGCAGCCUGAUGUUCAUUUGCAUCGUUAUAGGAUUUGAAUCGCAGAGUGACUCGGCAAUAUUAAUUCCAAAUUAGAACCUUUAGUAUUGAUUUCCAGAGCUGUUGGUUGAAGCUCCAAAUUUACCACAAUGCAGAUUGACAAAGACUAAAUUUGCACACCAAGGAUUUCUGAAAAUACUUCAGUAGUGCCUACACCUACAAGGAUGUUGUGUUGUAUAUUAGAUUUUUUUAAAGUAUUUUUAUCAACGAUACAAAUAUUCAGAAGUAGAGCAAAAGCGUAAUGAGCAUAGCCUUAAAGUGAAAUAGUGACUCUAGAAUAACCACAAAUAAAUGAAGUACACUGUCCUGAUAAAGCACACCUCCUAAUUAUGAUAAACUGUCUGCUUACAGUUGCUCAGUGUGUGUUAAUAACUAAUCUUUCAACAGAGGAGAAUGGGAUGUGUUGGUGAAGUGAUUUCCAUGGAAGUAGUGAACUUUUUAAUGGAAGAAAAAUGAAUCUUCAAGUAAUUGGAUAAAGCAAAAGAUAACUAUCAAAUCCCUUCUCAUGGAAGCUGAGGGAAUGGGGUGGGGGUGGCAAGGAAAGGAUAUAUUACAUCAAAAACAUCUCAGCUUGGAGAACUCUUACUGUUCCUCGAAUGUAUUUGAUGUGUGCGUCGCUGUCGGGAGCUCCAGAGGCUCUGGAGACGUGCCCGCCUCGAGCCGUACUCACAGCAGAGGCAGGAUUUCUUUCUACUAGAUUUUGGGUUAAUUGUAUUGUGUGGGCUGUAGAGACAAAGAUGGAAAACAAAUCAUCCAGGAAGGAGAAGGGAAAAAAAGAAACCCUGUGCCAUGACAUGUCAAUUGAUUUGGUGUAAAAUGCAGGAGGAACUGCAACGCUUCCAUGUUCUUUACAUUAACAUAUGGUUUUCUCAGGGUACAGCAUUGCAUUAGGUGCUGAACAUGACAUCUUUGGGAUUCACAUCCAAGUCAUGAGGUGCUAGGACGAGACUGCCAAAACAUUGCUUAAAAUUUUCAAUUACUCAUUGAUUAGCAACCCACACGUUCUGUCCCCUCGUUAGGCACAGCUCUGCAGACCUGUGGCUCUGCACUUGCAUGGAUCUCGUUGGGAUUUGAGUUGCGAGUUUCUCUCGGGACUGUAGCUUUUCAUAGUAAGCAAAAUACGUUUUAAUCAGCACUGAAUAAUUUAACCAGUAAGAAGUUCUUGCCUCAAAUGCCUGGACUUUAGAUUCUUUAUCUACUAAAGGAAACAUUUACCUUUUAAAUGUAAUCUGACAUUUUUUAUUCACUCCUAUUUUCCCCUUCUUCCUGGCAAUUACUUUAUUUACCCCAAAUAACUUUUCUUUCAGUGUUUUUCAACUCCCCUGGUAAUAAAACUAAUCCAUAGUUAUCAGAGUGACUGCAGGCAGCUCAUGAAUGGAAAUAUGACAGAUGAAGCUGUCCUUUGACAUGCAAGGGCAUAGGACUUCAAAAUGGAAAUAUUAGAAACACGGGUUGGGGUUGGUUUUUUUUUUUACCCUUUUUUUUCUAGGUUUCAGAACACUUUGGGAGGGAGGGGAGGAAGAACAAAGACACAUUCGCUGAACAAAGUUGUAAAGACUACUCGAUUUUAUUUAAAGUUUUACAGGCAUUUACAAUGUUGCUGUGUUGCCAAAUAGUUUGCUGGAUACAAGUUUGGUUGCUCAUGUGCAAGUGUUUGAAUAAUGUUCUGUUCAUGAUGAAGGGGAAAUUUUUUAUAUAAAGUACUUGUUUUAUAAAUAAAAGAAAAUGAAGGAUGUAAUUAAAUGUGUGGUUUGGAAAAAAAAAUCCUAAUAUAUUACAAAUGGACCUGGUAAUGAUAUAUAGUUGUCUUAUUUGAAAUAGUAAAUGAGAACUCUAGCAAAUUUAAUGAUUGUAAAACAGUAAAUAUGUUCUUGUAAUUUUGUAUCAUUAAUUAGUUGGGAUCUUUGCUGACCAGUUUUACUUGUGCAGAAGAUGGUAUACUAAUCCAUAACAGCUAAGAUCAUUUAUAUUCUUGCACAUCUAUUAAAGACUUUAAUGAAAAAGUUAAUAGACUGUUAUUAUUUAUCAGUAAACUGUGUCCAACUUGCACUUUUUAAAGAGACCCCAUUGUAAAUUAAAUCUAUAGGAUUCUUCCUGUAUUUUAA